AUGGCUCCCUGUGCCAUCACCCCACCCUUUCCUCUAGCACCCUUCCCCUACACCCGCUCCUCUACGAGCGCCACCCAGAACUUGUGCCGUGCUUCGCAUGCGUGGGACCGCUACUCACGCCACCCAGACGUGUACCUGGUGAGGACGCUUGGGCCAAUGGGAGCCCUCCACGUGGAGCAGGCAGUGCUGCUGGACGACAUGGGGCUUGCCUUCCCGCCCUUCGGUGACGGCGCUCUGCAGGAGAUCCCUCAACCAGCGGCAGGGGCGGCAGCAGAGGGCGGGGAGGGGGAGUGGCAGGUGCCUGAGGAGGAGAUAGCCAGGCGCAGGGACUUGCGGGAUGGAGCGCACUUUAUGUGCAGCAUCGACCCCCCUGGUAGCAGGGAUGUGGAUGAUGUGCUCUCCACUGCUCACCUUCCCAACGGCCUCAUUCAGGUGGGAGUGCACAUAGCAGACGUCGCGUUCUUCGUGCGCCCGGGUAGUCUAUUGGAUGCAGAGGCGAGGGCGAGGGGCACAUCCGUGUACCUGGCCAACCAGCGCAGCAACAUGCUACCAGAGGCGCUCAGCGAGGGUCUCUGCUCAUUGCUGGGCGGCCGCACGCGGCUGGCAGUGAGUGUCAUCUGGACGCUCGACCCCUCCUUUCCCUUGCCCUCCACUCCCCUUCCCACGUCUCCCCUCCCCUUGUCAUCCACCAGCGAGGGUCUCUGCUCAUUGCUGGGCGGCCGCACGCGGCUGGCCGUGAGCGUCAUCUGGACGCUCAACCCCUCCCACCACUUCGCACUCGUGGGGCCGCCUUGCACAGGCAACACCACAGCAGGCGGAGUGCAUCCACUGCUGGAGGAGCAUGGCCUGGCAGGCGGGGGGAAACACAUCACACCCACACUCCCCUCUCCCGUCUCCCCAUCCCCCCCUCUGGCAGCUCUCGUACGCCCAGGCCAUAGCAGAUGGAGUCAUCCACUGCUGUAUGAACAUCGCCUGGCAGACGAGGCGAGUGAAAGAGGGAGCAGACACACAGUUACCCACUCAACCCUCCUCUUCCACCCCCCCUCCCACCCCCCUCUCCCCUCGCAGCUCUCGUACGUGCAGACACGGGCCAUAGCACACGGAGUGCAUCCGUUGCCAGCGGAAGUGGCACAGCACACUCCGUUCUCCCCUCGUGCUCCUCUCCCUCUCUUCCUCUCCUCUCUCACAGCUCUCGUAUGCCCAGGCACAGGCCAUAGCAGGCGGAGUGCACCUGCUGCCAGCGGAACACCGCCUGGCGGAGGGCUGAGAGAGCUCUCAUACGCACAAGCACAGGCCAUAGCAGACGGAGUGCACCCGUUGCCAGCGGAGCACCAACUGGCGGGCGGGCAGAGGGAGGUGGCGCGAGCCAAGUCGUGCAUCGCCACUCUUACUGCUUUUGCUCGGGAGCUGCGGCGGCAGAGGCAGAGGGCGGGGGCGCUGGAGCUGGCGAGAGCUGCGGCGGCAGAGGCAGAGGGCGGGGGCGCUGGAGCUGGCGAGUGCGGCGCUGAGCUCUGUUCCCUCCCUUCUUACAUGACCCCCUGCCCCCGCUACUCAUCGAAUCAAUCCCAGGAGCUGCGGCGGCAGAGGCAGAGGGCGGGGGCGCUGGAGCUGGCGAGUGCGGAGCUGCGGUUCGAAUUUGAUGAGAGCAGAGGGACGCCCACACGAGUGUUUUGCAAACAGGAGAUCCCGAUCUCACACUGCUCGCCAACACCGUCCCUCACUCCUAUGCAAUCCUCCUCCCUCACUCUCCAGCACUCUCUCCCUCACCUCUCCAAGUCCGCUGCCGGCCAUCAGAUCGACGCGGUGGUGUUGAGAGGGUUGCCCCUCCUCCUUCUCCACUCCCCCCUGCCCUGUGCCCACCAUCAGAUGAAUGCGGUGGUGGCGGAGCUCAUGGUGCUGGCCAAUGCUGCCGUCGCCCGCAAGCUCACCCGGGCCUUCCCAUCGACCGCCUUUCUGCGGCGCCACGCUCCUCCUCGCCCAAACGGCUUCCGCCAUCUCAUGCAUGUGAGGGUGGUGAUGGGUGGGGUGAAGAAGGUGUUCGUGCUGUGCUGUGUGAUGCAUGUGGAUGGUGGUGGGGUGAAUGUAGUGUGCUGCUGCGCGGUGCGAGGCAUUGCACUCGAAACGUCAACAAACAAGGUGCUAGCAGCGUCGCUGGCAGCAGUGAAGCACCUGGGAGACUCCGUCCUGGAUUACGGGCUCAAGGCUCUCAGCACGCGUGCACUCUCAGAGGCGGAGUACCUACCAGCAUCAUCGGCAGCAGCGGACGGCAUCGGGGCAUAUCACUACGGCCUCGCAGUGGACCUCUACUCCCACUUCACCUCGCCCAUUCGCCGCUAUGCUGAUCUGCUCGUGCACCGGCAGCUGCUGGCAGCACUGCAGCAAGAGAAGCGGGAUCGUGGGGAGGCGGGCGGGAAGCAGGGAGGGAGAGGUACUGUCCAGGGGGCGGAUGGGAAGGGGGGGACUGUUGAAGAGGGAAACGGGGAUGGAGGGAGGGGACAGGGCGGAGCAGGGGAAGGGGGGGCAGAAAAAGGAGGGCGGUCGGGUGGGGGAGGAGGUGGGAGGAGGAAGGCGUGGGGUGCUGCAGCCAGAGUGUGGGGAGGGAAGGGAGUGAGGGAGGAGGAGGGAGUGGGGGCGGGGGUGGGGGCGGGGGUGGGGGCGGGGGUGGGGGUAGGGGAGGGGGAUGCAGCGGAAGGGAGGGAGGGCAGAGCUGAGCAAAAUAAAGUGGGGGUUGAGGGCGAGGAGGGAGACGGAAGGAGGGAGGAGACGGUGGAGCGAGAGUCACGAGGCGUUGACUGGGACAAGCUAGCGGCGCAUCUGAACAAGCAGCACCGGCUGGCAAAGAUGGCGUCAAAGAGAAGCUCCGAGCUCUGCCUGCUGCUGCUGCUGCGGGAUCAGCCCUUGGUGGAGCGCGCUGUGGUGGUCUCCAUUCACAAUGGCUAUGUGAUUCUCUUCGUGCCUCGCCUUGAUGUGCAAGGCCAGGUGCUCUUUCAGGACAAGGAUGGCAUGGCAGUGCUGCCUCGCAAGCACACUGACUGGGAGGCAGAGCAGGCGGAGCAGCAGCAGUUUCGCCACCGCCUGCGAGUGAGAGUGGAGACCAGCGAUGGCCGGCGCGUGGCGCGGGAGAAUCUGGGGGUUACUGCUGCUGCUGGUGGUGGUGGUGAUGGGGAUGGGGAUGGGGAUGAGGAGGUGGAGAAGGAGGGGGAGGAGGGGGAGGAGGGGGAGGAGGAGGGUCGUGAGGGGCAGAGCGGCAUGGAUGUGGACGCUCCUGCGUGUGUGAAGAUUGUGGAUUUCCAGCAGGGUUUUUCUGUUGUUGAGUACUGGCUCUUCCAGACCCUCUGGGUCCAGCUGUCAGCCUCAGGCUCCAUCGCUCGUUUCCCCACCCUCAAGAUGGAGAUACUAGCAGAUGCACACCCCUCAGCCGUCACAGUGAAUCUCAAGAGCCAGUCAGAGGCUGCCAGCUCGGCUCCGCGAGGGUUGAUGGGCGACGAGGAGGGGGGGAGUGGAGAGGGAGCAGAGGAUCCCACCGUUUCUCACUCUCACUUCGGGCCCUGGAGGGACGAGGAGGAGGAGGAGAGUGAGGAGGGGGGAGAGGGAGGGGAGGGAGGGAAUGGGGAGAACAGGCAGAGGAGGGAGAAGGUGGAAAAGGGGCUCCUGGGAGCUGGAGAUCAAGGGAACUUGACGCAAGGGUCAGUGUUUUCAGGAAAGAGGCUUGCAGAGGAGGGGUUUCCUGUAGAUGUGGAUUUUGAGGCCGAUGCUGCUGCCGCUGCCACUGCCGCUGCUGUGGCUGCCGCUGUGGUGGCCGGGGAGGGGGAGGAGGAGGAGGAGGCUGAGGUGGAAGAAAGAGGGGCAGGAGGGAUAUGCAGGGGAGACGAGUGGGCGGGACAGAAGGGAGGAACGAAGGGGGGACUAAGAGGGAAGGGUGGGAGGAAGGGUGUGGCAAGUACAGUUGAGGAGGGAGAGGAGGUUGUUGGGAGUGCGGAUGGGGGUAGAGGAGUGAGUGGGCGGCGGGUGAUUGGGAGGCUUGCUGUUGUGGAAGCUAGCAGUGCCAGCAUCACUGCUGAUGAGGGUGGUAGCAGCAAGAACACAGCUAGCAGUGGUGGCAGCACCGACAGGAUCGCAGCCAGCAGCGGUGCUGCUGGUGCUGGUGCUGCUGGUGCUGCUGGUGCUGCGGGUCAGAUGGAUGCGUUUCGUGGGCGGUGCGGCGUGCACGAUCUCAUGGAGGCCAUGCGUGCGCUGCACAUGGCAGGAGCUCCUCUCCGCCAUAUCAUCACACCUGAAGCUGACCAGUUUCCACAACUCUCUCACUCAGUCGCCUGGUGCUCACUCAAUCACUUUCUCGCCAAGCCAUUUCCUCUUGCUUAUACGAUGGGUUCGCUCGGCACUGCCGCUGAAUUCGUCCUUCCCACGGAGCAAGUGCAACUGAUCAAAGACAGCUUCAAGGCGAAGCUCCAGCCUGAUGUGCCGUAUCACGCCAUGUCGCUCUUCAUCAAUUUGUUCGAGAUAGUGCCGGAAGCGAAGGCCCUCAUAUCCAUGACCAAGGACUACACGGGCCCCAUGAGAGACAACAAGGCGCUUCAGGAACACGCCACCACUGUUCUGAAGAAGGUGGUCAACAUUGCUACGAAUCUGGACAAUGAGAAGCAGGUGGAGAUGUACAGGAAGAGCCUCGCAACGCUAGGCCAGAGACACAUUGGAUAUGGGGUCAAGCUCAAGCAUGCUGCGAAACUGAGGGAUGCCUUCGUGAUUACCAUGGCUGACGCCAUGGGUGAUACGUGGAGUGGUGACGUGAAAGCAGCAUGGAUCGCUGCCUAUGAUGUGAUUGAGGAGAUGUUUGUUGUAGGAUUAGUUGGGGUGGCUGCUCUGAAGCAGAGUUAG